GCUAAGCAACCCUGUUGUAUUGCUUUUCGCGUAAUUUUGCCGUAUUUUGAGCGUCGCAUAAUUAAUUUAUAUCUCGGAACUUUACUGCACAAAAUCCAUCUUAGGAGCUUAUGACUUCCGUUCGGAACAAAGCAACAUUUCGAAAAAUUGUAUAAUAAAGAAAAAAACAACUGUUCGCCAAACGAGUUUGUCGUAUCCAUAAUAGCAUGGUUGAUCUCGAGACGGUAGUUGCGCCAGCAGAGGCUUCAGCUAUGAACAGCGCCACUGGACUCUGCCGCCUUUGUUUGCGUCACGAUAAAACGAUUGUGAAUAUCUUUGAGGAAGAAUUGGAGCCAGCUGCAGAAAACGCGCCUUUGCCCGAGGGUGCAUCGAAAAAAAUGCCAAUGGUGGAACGGCUAUUUGACUUGUUGGGUGUAAAGUUUCAGCAUUCAGCGUCCUUGCCGAGUAGUAUCUGCCAGCGUUGUUUUGCAAUGAUCGAGGCGUUCACCAAUUUUCGUGAAAAUGUGCAGAGAUGCGAGACUGAGUUGCAGCGUUGGCUGGAGCAUAACAAAAAAAUAGUAGAUAGUGACGAUCAACGUGCGGGCUUGAAUGGUAAUCCAGGAGAAUUUGAGCCUGAAGUUGACUGCAUAAUCACCGAAGUGGAUCCCAAUCAAGAUUAUGAAAGUUCGGAAGAUGAGUUUUCCAUGGAAUCAGAUUCUGAAACCGAGGAGCAGCUGACGUCAGCCACACACACAAUGCAAAAUACACCAAAUGCAGGAUCAAAGUUAUCACAGCAGCAAACAAAUGAGUUUACCGAUACGCUAACGACAUCCGUACCAAUAACAACGGGAGAAGCGCAAAAAUUCGAUACUUCGCUGCCUGCUCCGGAAACAACACCCUCCGGCACACCAAUGCCAGGUGGCGACUCGUUUGUUACCGGUGAAAUAGUGAUAAAGAAUACCUACCUUUGUCAGUAUUGCGACAUGGCUUUUACAACGCAAUCUGAAUGUCAGGAUCAUGAAUCACAACAUGAUAGUGCAGCGCCUUACGUGUGCAGCUUCUGUUCACAACGCACAUCGAGUCGGCAAAAUUUGAUUUAUCACAUCAAAGAAUUACACGAUCCAGAAAGACCAUAUGUGUGUGCGUUCUGCAAAAAAGGUUUUUGUCGGCGUUCGGAUUUGAAGAAACACACAAUCGUACACACAGGUGUACGCCCAUUCUCAUGUCCAGUAUGCGCAAAGAGCUUCUCACGCAAUACCAACUUAACCAAACAUAUACGCAUUCAUAGCAGUGUAAAGCCACACGUUUGUACGCGCUGCCCGCGUUCGUUCUCAAGUGCGUCCGAAUUAAUGCGUCACAUACGUUCACACACCAAUUCAAAGCCAUUCCAGUGUAGUCGUUGUCCCAGCACAUUUGCACGUAAAGACAAACUACACCUGCACGAGCGAACGCACCUACGUCGUGACUCCGAAUUUCUACUCAAUCAAAGUAAUGAUACACCACCAAGCGGUAAUAAUAAAAGUGAAGAGGGUGGUGGUGGUGGUGGUGUGAUUGGUCAAACAGAAAAUAUAGUUGUUGCUCUUAAUCCGUACGGUGAACCCGAAUCAACACAGCCACCGCAUGCAAAUAUGUCCUCGCCACAAGAUCAAUAUCGCCAGCAUAGCAUACUAGCAGCGCAGUUACAACAGCGUCCGGUGAUGCCAAAGCCACCGCCGCAUAAGCCAUCGCAUCCGCGCAAUUUCACCUGCACGAUUUGCCAGAAGUCAUUCACACGUGAACGUGACUUACAGCGACAUCAGGCACUACAUUUGGACACCCUCUUUACGUGCAAGCAAUGCGGCAUCGGUUUCAAUAGGCGCGAGAAACUCGCACGCCACGAAUUGGAAUUCCACGCGCCCCAAUAUCCAUGUGAUGUCUGUCGCAUACAAUUCUCAAAGCGCGACGAAUAUGAGAGACACAUGAAAAUGCAUGAACUGCAGCAGAAUGCGGUUAUGGCUACACAAGCUGCCAUCAGUGCCACAUCGGGCAUAGGGGGAGCGCCCGCAAGUAAUAUUCUCGGCCUGGCAGGUGGCCCCAAUACUGCUGGCGCUAUCAAUUUAGUCACAAAUGCGUCUGGCGUUUGCCCGCCACCUCCGCCGGUGCCGUUGCCAAAAGAUAUGUCAGUGUCACAACAUCGACCAUCAGCCGCCGACAUGUCGUUCUACAGCCAGCUGGUGCCAACCAUGAAUCUGGGAUUUUAUAGUGAGACGCGACCGGAAGAUCGUAAUGGUAUAUAGAGUGAGGAGUGUUGGCGUGCACAUGAAUCGCAUUUAAUUAUAGAAACGUAGGCAGUACGUUAAACUGUUAGUUUUAAUAAUUAGACAUAGUCAACUGUUUGGUUUUUUUUUUUCAAUUAUUAUCCAGAAGACAACAUUUAUCUUAAUUAUAUAGGUAUGCAUGAUAUAUCAUGAAAUAAAUUCCUUCUAUAAUUAUCUAAAUUCUAUCGAUUUCGAGACAUUUUAUUCAAUCACUCUCACACUCAAGAGAGCGCAAUUAUAAUUUUGUAAUAAAAUAAUAAAAAUUCCAGAGCCGACCAUAAAAUUCUGUGUGACCGAGUUUCGUGGUUGUGAUCAAGGUUGAUAGUGGACAAUAUGAUGACAAGAAUUCAUAAGGAGUGGCCUACGUCACAAGCUAAGGUACUCUUUUUGUAAAAAUAUCGUUAUAGUUUCUCAGUAGUUUCAGGUAUUUUGUUGCUUAUUUUUACUAAGAAUGCACCUCUUGAUGCCCUAUGGUCUACCAAGGAUUGAGGACCGGAAGAAAUAAUUACACCUCUAUGGUUUUAAUUCGCAUUCAGUAAAUUCAAACGCCUUUUAAAAUCUGUAAAAAGGUUUUCACUGCUAAGAAGAGCUGAGAGAAAAAAUAUGUAAUAUUUUUGCGUAACCUCAAAAGGAGUAAACAAUUAAAUUUGCACUUUUAAGAUAUAAAAUUUUAUAAGAACCAAUAAAUUUUAAUUAGCACUAAAAUCUUAUCAGAGAGACUUUGUUUGGGAAAUAUUUAGUAUAAUGUAUAUCGGAGGGUGUAUCCCUAUCUUAAAACUGAAAACCGCACCUGCCGGAGGCUUAUAGUUUUUAAGUAAUUUAAUGUUAAAUUUCUGUAAUUUAGCAAAAAGUUGGUGUUGCCAUACACCUGAAAUAAAAACCAAAUUCGUAUGCCGGGAUGUUCAGAGGAAGGUUC